UAAAACACUACAUUUUACCUCUCUCCGUCUCAUCUCUCGUUUUUACUCUAAUAAUCCCAGCCGCCCCUUCAUAUUCUCUCUUCCUCUCAAUCGGGUCUCUGUCACUCACCACCACCACACCCAGUCUUCUUCUCAGGCCAUAACACCGCCGGUGCCGACCCUUACAUUUUCCCUGCACAACUCCACCGGAACCACCUCGAACGCUCUCUCUCUCUCUCUCUCUCUCACUCAGUAUAACAAUAGAAAGAUUAUUACAUAAUCAAAUGGACAAUCAAGACGCUGCUGCUGCUGAACCGGUCAAAGCCAAAGCCCUUAGAAAAUACCCAUUUGGUGCUGCUGCUGCUGCUGAACCGGUCAAAGCCAAAGCCCUUAGAAAAUACCCAUUUGGUGCUGCUGCAGAAUUGGGGGUAAUAAAGAAACCCCUCCCCAUCAAUGGAGUCCCAUAUCGUAAAUUCAGCCGCCUCCAUCCUGUUAAUGAACCGGCCAAGGCCCCUGGGAAUUACCCAUAUGAUAAUCCCUUCAAGGGAGUGCCAUAUCGUUUCAGCCGCCUUCCUCCUAUUAUUGAACAUCAACCUGCUGGUUCAUCGCCUGGUGAGGCAGCCAAAAUAAUUUGGCGUAGUUACCGAAGAUGCAGUGGAAUGCAUCUUACUCUUGCUGAUAUUUUUAUUGACGAAAGCAUUGAUUUGGACGAAAACUAUGAGGAGAAAAAUGAUAAGGGAUUUUUCCCUGCGGAGUAUGGAACUCGAUUUGUACCUCGUCCAUUUUUAGCAAUGGCAAUAUUUGUAAUGAAAGAGCAUAGCAAGAGAAUGGUAGGACAAUGAGGUGGAACUUAAAUAUGUGGUCCAAGUUAAUCAAGGACGUGUUGUGAACUGGAAUUUGAAUUCAUUCACACAUUAUUUAAUAUUGAUGGGCAAUGAUAGGGGUACUUACCUAGCUAAGGUUUGGUCAAAAUUUAUACCGAAGCGUGGGUUGGCUAUCUGGUUUAAAAUGUCGGGUCCUCUUUACAUGAACUCAAGGUUGGAUUCAUCAAGACGUUGUAAAUAUUGGCCCAAAGGUUUAAAAAUAUUACGUUGGGGUACACCUCCAGGUAGGAAGCCUCCUAACUUUGACUGGCCCAAAUCAUCUUCAACUAGGCCUAACAUUAACACCAACUCUUUUAUCUUCCCUAGGAAGACACAGCGCUUUGGAUAUUAGUUAGUUAAGUAGGCCUUUGCUGCCAUUUUUUUUUAUUGGAAAUUAGACUCUAUAUUCUUGUUAUAUUAUUCUUUUUUAUUUUUAUUUUUUUUAUAAAUAUUUUAUCAAUUUUACUCUUGUUACUUUAAUAUACUCUCUAUGUAAAUUCUUUAUAAGAGUUAAUUUAUGUUUCAAUUAAAUAUAAAA